CAAGAGAGGCGGAGGACGUUUUCCUUAUCUCACUGACUUAGAUCGCAUUAUUUAGGCCUAUGACUGAUUUUUUACUAACAUGAGUCUCAAGUCAAACGCCCAGGUUGGACUGGACUUCUUUGAGUUUUUGAAGGAGACAAAUCGCGCAUCCAUUACUGACAAAUCUCAACUUAAAGACAUCUACAACUCUGAGUUCAGGAAUAGGACUGCAGAACUCAAAGAUCCAAACUUUAGUCGACUCCUUUAUGCUCUGAAAGUGUCCCAUAAAGUAACAGUCUACCGUGGAAAUGUCCGCUUCCAGGCAAAGGUUAAAGCGAUGUAUCAGGACCAGUGGCUCACACGCAGGGGCCAGCAGCCAAACCCAGACCAACAAAAUGGGUUUGCUCCUGGGCCAGCACAGGACCUCAUUCCCCCUGAUGGAGCAGAGGCAGGGGUUCGAGCCCGAAGGAAACUGGCCAGUCGCCUCAUGACCCGACUCAAGGUGGAAAAGGCUCAGUUCAUCUCUGAUAAAAAUGGUAUCAGUAUCACCUCGGACUGUGAGUUUGAGAACGGGAAAGUUUGCCUGUGUGUGGAAAACGUGGAAGAGCACAUGGUAUACCUGAAUGUGAAGAACACUGGAACAAAGAUGGUGUAUUUUACCCAUUACACCGCUCUACACUGGCUCAAAUAUUUUACACUGAAGGAUGAAGAAAAAGUGACCCCAGCAAACCCUCUUGCACUACCACCAGGUGCUACCUAUCAAAUCCUGGUUCACUUCCGAUCGUCCUUGGUUGGUUUCUAUCCGGCUACACUGGCCUUUGAGUUCAAACCAGACCUGUCUGCGUCCAACGCCUUCUACAUUGUGCGCUUCAUUGAGGCCAGAUGUGUUACGUCAUUGGGAAUGGAGCUGGCUCCCACAAGCCCCUACAGACCUCAGCGCAUUUCUGCCCAGCCUCCUGAACCAUUUUGCACCAUUGUGGAUGGUCAGCCACCUGAAGGCAUGUCCGUGAUGCGCCUUAAAAUGGAGGUUGAGCUCAAACAGUAUCGGAUGCCAUCCUAUAUGAACCAGCUCCUCAAGGCACUGAAGCAUCCUUCCCUCGCCAUCCCCAGUGCAAGUCUUUGCAAAAAGAUCUUGCUGGAGAGUCCGUUGAGCAUGGAGAACUACUCCGAGAAGUUCCAGCUGCUGCUGUAUCUGGAGGAGCUUCAGAUGGACGUGGACAUCAAGAGAUACAAUAUCCCCAACAGUGAGAAAGACUAUGCCUCCAUGUUCAAGGACCACGUCAACAAGAAGCUUCUUGUCCUGGAGCUGCCUGGUGUGUCUGAGAACCGUCCCUCUGUGCUACGAGGAGAUAAGCUGCUGGUGAAACCUAAAGGAGAAGAAGGGGUGAAGUACCUUGGUUAUGUCCAUGCUGUGCAGCUGGACUUGGUCAAACUGGGCUUCAGCUCAAAGCUGCUGGACCGUUUUGUGGAGGGCAUGCAGUUCAGUGUGGAGUUCACUGUCAACCGUCUGGUCAUGCGUAUCCAGCACAGAGCAGCAGAGCUGGCCUCCACGCUCAGACUGGGAGAGGUGCUGUUCCCUGACAGGGCUACCCUCUCCUACCAGCAACCAGAGCUACCCAGGCUCAGUCUGUUUGACAGAAAGCUGGAGAGGAACCCAGAGCAGUAUAAGGCUGUACAACACAUUGUGGCCGGCUCCUCCAAACCUGCUCCUUAUCUGGUGUUUGGCCCACCUGGCACAGGCAAAACGGUGACUCUGGUGGAGGCCAUCAAGCAGAUUGAGAAGACCCAGGCCUCCUGCCACAUCCUGGCCUGCGCUCCCUCCAACAGCGCCGCUGAUCUGCUCUGUAAGAAGAUUCUGGAGCAUGUGGAGGAACGCAAGGUGUUUCGCAUGUACGCCAGCAGCCGGGAACCUAAAUUUGUUCCUGACGAGCUCAAGGCAUGCUCUAACCUGGAAGGGGAAAUUUACAAGUAUCCUGCUAAAGAGGAGCUAAUGAAUUAUAAGAUCAUGGUCACCACCCUGUUAACUGCUGGCAGGCUGGUUACAGGAAACAUUCCUGCAGGGCAUUUCACUCACAUUUUCGUGGACGAGGCCGGACACGCCAUCGAGACUGAAUGCUUGGUACCCUUGGCAGGGCUUCUCCAGGCAGAGUCUGGUCAGGUAGUUUUGGCUGGAGACCCCAAGCAGCUGGGACCCAUUCUGAGAUCCCCCUUUGCGCUCCAAUACGGCAUGGGUGUGUCCAUGUUGGAGCGUCUGAUGAGCAAUUUCUCUCUGUACCAGAAGGAAGAAGAGGUGUUCGACAACCGCUUUGUCACCAAACUGCUGCAGAACUACAGGUCCCAUCCUGCCAUCCUGAAGAUUCCCAACGAGCUCUUCUACGAUGGAGAGCUCCAAGUUUGCGCUGAUGAAAUCAUCCGCAACUCCUAUUGCAGAUGGGAGUACCUGCCUAAGAGGGACUUCCCAGUGAUUUUCCAUGGGGUGACGGGUCUUGACGAGCGUGAGAAAACCAGUCCCUCGUUCUUCAAUGUAGCCGAGGUGGAGGUGCUGAUGGACUACCUGAAGAAGCUGCUGCAGACACAGGGCAAGAAGGGUCUGGCCACCAUCUCACCCAGUGACAUUGGCAUCAUUGCCCCCUACAGGAAACAGGUGCAGAAAAUUCGUCAGGCCCUGAAUAAAAUGGAGAAAGAUCUCAAAAUGAAGAAUCUGAAAUAUCUUAAGGUUGGCUCAGUAGAGGAGUUCCAAGGUCAGGAGAGGAGAGUGAUUAUGGUGUCUACAGUUCGGAGCAGCCAACAUUAUACCGACUUCGACCAGCACUUCAAGCUUGGCUUUGUCAAGAAUGAGAAGAGGUUCAAUGUGGCUGUGACUCGAGCCAAAGCCCUGCUGAUUGUGGUGGGAAACCCCGUGGUGCUGGCUGCAGAUGAUGUCUGGGCUCGGUUCAUCCAGUACUGUAAAGAUGAAGGAGGCUACACUGGUUUCUCCCACACUGAGGAAGAGGAGUUAGUGGUGGCCAGACUUGCUUCCAUGUUCAUCAGCAUUGAGGCUCAAGUGGAGACUGAGGAGAGUGUAAUUCAGCAGCAUCUGGACCCAGAGUGGAGAAAUGACCUGUGAGAGAACUGGAGGCUUCAAGCAAUUGUCCAUAGCACUUUAAAGGAUGAAUUUUGCUUUUUGAUUGAUAAUGUUAUAGCAAAUAAGCAUUAAGUGAUGGAACAAGACCAAAGAGGACAGCCAGAUGAUUCAUGUUGAGAGAAGAAAAGAUUGUCUUGAUCUACCUCUGCACUGUGCUGCAUUGACACCACUCAUCAACAGCAAUUAUUUUGACUUCAAAUGACCAUGAAAUCAGCAAUCAUCUUCCAUAAUCCAGUUGAAACUAAUUUUGGAAAUGAACAGGCAAGACAUAAAUAUUGAUUGUUGGCAUGAAUUUUAAUUUGUUCCUUAAAAAUAAGUUUUACCCAUCAGCAAGUGCAAUGGUUUAUGUCGCUAGACUAGCUCUUAUCCUCUAUUAGAAAAGUUUUGGCUCCAUGGAGAAGCAUUAUUCAGUCAUCAUCUGCAUUAGCCCUGAUCUGGUUAUUCAUUAAACCUGCAACAUGCACCAUAAAAUCCUUUGGACUGAUGACUACUCUAGCAUAACUGUCAGAUCAAAUAAAUAUUGUUAUUUUUCAGUACAUAAAAUAAUUAUAAUUAUUUCUCAAUAAAGAAACAUGAGCAUUC